GGCUGUGUUUGCGGGUGGGAGCUGAAAACGCAGCAACAUGGGUAAGACACGCGGCAUGGGAGCUGGCCGCAAGCUGCGGCUGCACCGCAAGGACGAGAAGUGGGCUGACAAGGACUACAAGAAGAGCCAUCUGGGGUCUGAGUGGAAGAAGCCGUUCGCCGGCGCCUCCCACGCCAAGGGCAUCGUGCUGGAGAAGAUCGGCAUUGAGGCCAAGCAGCCCAACUCCGCCAUCCGCAAGUGCGCGCGCGUGCAGCUGAUCAAGAACGGCAAGAAGAUUGCGGCCUUUGUGCCCAACGACGGCUGCCUGAACUUCAUCGAGGAGAACGACGAGGUCCUCAUCGCCGGUUUUGGUCGCCGCGGCCACGCUGUGGGUGAUAUCCCCGGUGUGCGGUUCAAGGUGGUGAAGGUGUCUGGCGUGUCCCUGCUGGCGCUGUUCCGCAACAAGAAGGAGAAGCCGCGGAACUGAGGAGGAGGAGGAGGCAUGCAGCCGGGGCGCGGGCGGCGGCCAGCAGCCCGCGCCCCUGCCACACCGCGGCGCCUGGCCAGCCAGCGCAGCGCAGCACUGCGCUGCUGGCAGGCAGGCUGGGGGCGACUCGGCGGCAGCACGGCUGUGUCUGUGCAGCGCCAGGCCCCCCCGUAGCUUUAGACACUUACACGCAACCACCCUUGCUCCCACUACUGUAAGUACAGACAAAA